UAACACCCAGGUUUCUAACUGUUUCUGAGUAACUUAAUGAAAGGUAUGUUAGCUUCAAUAGCUGUUUAUCUCUUUUGGUUUCAGGACCAAUGACUAAAAUUUCAGUUGUUUCCUGGUUGAGCUGCAAAAAUGAUGAUGUUUGUGACGUCUGAUGACAUUCUCCAAAGGACGCAUACAUGUUAAAAAUGCUAUAGGGUGGUAAGAAGACCAGCAAAACAGGAAAAAUGAUUGAUAUCUGUACAAAUAAGUAGUAAAAACUGUGUUCAGAAUUCUUAGUGACUGUUGAAAAUGCUGUAGAAGUGAUUCAAUUUAUAGAAAUCCUGUUUGAAACAAAAGACUCCUCAUUCAAUGUGUUUUAGCUGCUGGACAGCACAAAAAAAGAAAAAAAAUUUAACAGGGAAAAAAGUUUGCAAUGACAUCAUCAGUGAUGAUGUCAUUCUAAACUUUAGAUGUAAUGACAUCAUUUGACAUCAGUGGCUGGAUUAUGUCACUUCUAAUUUUAGUCUUCAGAGGCAUCAUUUGACAUCAUGUGACAUCAUGUGACAUCAUUUGACAUCAUUGGACCUCCUGAAUUUCAUCCUCAAGUAUGAGGCAUUUUCAGAGCAAAGGGAUUUAGAGUUUGUGGGCAAAGACACGAUAGAGAAAGAGAAACAGGAAGGUUUCACAUCUUUUGAAAACAAUAACUUAGUGUGCGUCAACUUUUUGAGAUUUCUUGACAAGUUCUUUCAAAAUGUCACACAGCGAAGAAUUUCAGCAGACGGCCGUUUCCAUUGAAGAAUUAAAUAGCGUCACAGAGAGCAUUCUGCAGCAAAAUGACACUUUGAGCAAACAUCUGGAGAAAAUUUGCGAGAGUUUGCAGAAAAGGAAAGAUUUGGACAAUUCAUGCAAAGAAUUGAAAAAGACACGCAAAGCUGCUAUGGAGGAAAACAAAAAACUGGUGAAGCAGCUGGAGAGUCUGAGAGUGGACGUGGAAAAACAGAUCCACGUGGAAAAUGUGUGUGAAAAAGAGAGGACAAAAAGAUCUCAGGCCUUGGAAAGUAACCAAGACCUGAAAACAAUAAUAGCCUCUCUCCAGGACAGACUUCAGCAGCUGCAAGGAAUGGAACUAGAAAUUUCUGACAUGAAAGGUGAACGUAAACUUUUGGAACGGGAGAACAGAGGUCUGCAGUCCCAACUGAAGAAACUCCAGAAGAAGACUGCCCGCAAAGCACACCUGGAACCUGAUUUGAAAAAUGAAUUUGAUGAAUUCCAGGCUUUAAAACAACAAACUGAAGAACUGAGGCAAAACCUUCAGGAGUUGCAACAACAAAAUGAGGAACAAAAAGAGAUGGCAGACAACUAUCCUAGCAUGAUGGAAGAUAGGCGACGUCUCACAGAUCUGAGGGCUCAACUGGAAAGAGAGAUUUCUGAUCAGAGACAGCAGCAGGAGGAAACACGCCAGCUGAUUGCUCGACGUGAGGAGGAAAAGAGAGAACUGGAAUUGCUCAGAGAACAAACAAACGCCUUCACAGCAGAGAAACAUGCACUGGCAGAUGAACUGCAACACCGUGAAGCGUUGGAGUCUGAAUAUAAGGAGAUGCAAGCACAAACUAAUGACUUGAUGACAACAUUCCUCCCCCUAAACAUAGAAGUUGCCGAGCUGCAGCUCAAGGUUUCAAACAUGGAUGAGGUGCAGGAAAAACUGAAUGUUGAAAAGGAGAAAAAUUCAAAGGCAAAGACUGAGGUUGCAAAACUAAAACAGCAGCAAAAGGAACUUUGUGAAGUGGCUGUGCAAUACAACAAGUUACUGAGCAAACUGGGACCUCUUCAACAGCAAACAAAGGAGCUCAAAGAUGAAAAAACCAUGCUGACUGAUCUUCUCAAACACCGUCAAACAUUGGAGACUGAAUACAAUGAAAUAAAAGCAGAAGCUGAGGAGGCAGAAGCUUACAACUGUCAAGCUCUGGAGGAGGUUGAUUUUCUGAAGGGGAAGCUUUCAGAGCUCGAAGAUGUGGAGUCAAGAAUUUUAAAAGUAAAGGAGGACAAAUUGAAGGCAGAAGAAAAAUAUGAGCGUCUCUAUAAGGAACUCCAAGACAUUACAGUUCAGAUCAUGGCUCAUAAAGGGAGCAAUGCUGCUCUAGAGAAAGAAAUCCAAGAUCUCCAGAGAGAAGAAGAAGAACUGAAAGAGCUCAGAGAUGUAGUGAACAGAAUCUCUGAAGAAAAGUCCCAACUUGAAGACAAAAAGAAGCAGCUUCAGGAUAAAGUUUCAGAACUAAAACAGCAGAAAAAAGAACUUUGUGAAGUGGCUGUGCAAUACAACAAGUUACUGAGCAAACUGGGACCUCUUCAACAGCAAACAAAGGAGCUUGAAGACGAAAAAACCAUGCUGGCUGAUCUUCUCGGACACCGUGAAACAUUGGAGUUUGAAUACAAUGAAAUAAAAGCAGAAACUGAGGAGGCAGAAGCUUACAACAGUCAAGCUCUGGAGGAGGUUGAUUUUCUGAAGGGGAAGCUUUCAGAGCUCAAAGAUGUGGAGACAAGAAUUUUAAAAGCAAAGGAGGACAAAUUGAAGGCAGAAGAAAAAUAUGAGCGUCUCUAUAAGGAACUCCAAGACAUUCAAGUUCAGAUCAUGGCUCAUAAAGACAGUACUGCUGCUCUGGAGAAAGAAAUCCAAGAUCUCCAGAGGAAGGACCAGGAAGUAAAAGAGCUCAGAGAUGAAGUUAACAGAAUCUCUGAGGAAAAGUCCCAACUUAAAGGCAAAAAGAAGCAGCUUCAGGAUAAAGUUUCAGAACUGAAACAGCAGAAAAAAGAACUUUGUGAAGUGGCUGUGCAAUACAACAAGUUACUGAGCAAACUGGGACCUCUUCAACAGCAAACAAAGGAGCUCGAAGACGAAAAAACCGUGCUGACUGAUCUUCUCAAACACCGUCAAACAUUGGAGACUGAAUACAAUGAAAUAAAAGCAGAAACUGAGGAGGCAGAAGCUUACAACAGUCAAGCUCUGGAGGAGGUUGAUUUUCUGAAGGGGAAGCUUUCAGAGCUCGAAGAUGUGGAGUCAAGAAUUUUAAAAGCAAAGGAGGACAAAUUGAAGGCAGAAGAAAAAUAUGACCUUCUCUAUAAGGAACUCCAAGACGUUACAGUUCAGAUCAUGGCUCAUAAAGACAGUACUGCUGCUCUGGAGAAAGAAAUCCAAGAUCUCCAGAGGAAGGACCAGGAACUAAAAGAGCUCAGAGAUGAAGUUAACAGAAUCUCUGAGGAAAAGUCCCAACUUGAAGACAAGAAGAAGCAGCUUCAGGAUAAAGUUUCAGAACUGAAACAGCAGCAAAAGGAAGUUUGUGAAGUGGAGUAAACAUUGGGAAAAGCCUUUAUUUAGUACUUAGUAGGACACAAAAAGGCAGAAACUAAUGUUUAGAAUAGGGUCAAUGGGAAAAUUAAAACAGAAAUGGGGUAAAAAAUUGGGAAAAGCCUUUAUUUAGUACAAAGUAGGACACAAAAUGGCAGAAAUAUAAAAAAUAAAAAUAAAAAAUGGGAUAAAAAAUAAUGUAAUAAAAAUGGAAAUGGUUUUUUAUUGGUUUCAUAAUCCUUGUGCUGUCUUGGGAUAUGGUUUAUAAAUAUGUGUGUUGUUGAAUGCAUGUGUUUGGUGGAGGA